AUGGCUCAUUGGCCCAUGGCUCUGGAAAGGUUGGCAACCAAGAAGAUCUCCCGAAGGCAGUUGAAGCUGACCUUGUGUGCCAUCGAGGCCAAGUGCUCGCCGGAGGUGCGCCGAGCCUUUCGGGCUUUACCCUUGGAGCGAUGUGGGUGCGCCACCAUCCAGGCUGUGUGGGCAGCCUGUGACACCUUCUGGGAGUUCGAUGCGGCUCACACUGGGGCGAUCACACGGGAGGGCUACAUCAAUCUGAUGCGAGACUGUGCAAGCGUCAACACCUUGCGCAUGCUGCGGAGGGCCAGGUUAGAGCUCCGAUUCCGUCGCAGCGCUGCGCCAGUGAUGCUAGAGGACUUUCUCCUGAUGAUUUGGCCGAAGGCGACCCCGGAGGACCGCAGAAAGAUGAUGCGCUGGGCGGAGCUCCGAGAGUGCUACGACGUCGUGCGGCACAACUUCGGGGCGAGCGACCAGGACUUGGAUCGUUUGUACAGACUGCUCAGUUGCAGGGAAGAGGGAGGUCAGGUCCACGUCAUGGCCCACGAGCUGAGACGAGCGCAGCUGUUGCCCCAUGAGGCCAUCGCGCAGUUCGCCAAAGAGAGACAUCCAAAGGAGGUCUUUUUCGACUACGAGGACUUCAAGUCCAUUGUUUGGCCAAAGCUGAAAGAACGAUGGGUGUCCUCAGAGACCAUCCGGAAGCAGAAGACCCUGGCAGAGGAAAAACACCCUUUGCAGGUCCGAAUACGGCAGAAUGACUCUGACCAUGCAGGUUGA